UUCCGUUCUCUUUUCUUGAAAUUUCUAUCAAAAAGUGAAGGGUUUAUUCCAAGCCAAGACUGGGGCUAUCAGCUUCUCUGUUCAUGAAGUUCUGCUUGCUUGAGAAAAAACAUCAUGCUCAACAUAAUUCAGUGUUGGCUGUGUCAGCCAAAGGUAUGGAGAUACGUGUGUUUUGUUUCAUCUGUUGUUGGACUGCUAUGUUACGCUCUCAGUUCCUCUUUCAGUCAUUUAUUUGGAAAGUGGACCUUGUGGAAGAUACUACUUUAUAUUGUUUUCAGUUUCAUCAUUUCCCUUGCCGUCUUGUUUGCAAGGACAUGGGAGUGCUUCACUUCUUCCAGGUUAGAAGCUCACAUGGCCUUCUUGAUUUUGCUCAUGACUUCUGUGUACUCAUUUUUCUUGGACAAAGAAGUGAAAGGUAAACCAGAUGCAUAUAGCCUGAUUUCAUGUGUGGCAUUUUCUAUCAUGUCUUUAGGUUUGUCAAGACUGAGUCACUUUGGAUUUGAGGUCGAUCUCCUGUACUUUUUCAGUGGUGCUUUAAUAGUACAACUCAUGAAAAUAAAAUUAUGGUUAGUCAUUGUUGGAGGGAGUUUCAGUUAUUCUCUUAUCAUUCUGCGUUCCACUCUGGACCCUCGGUCAAGGAGUAGAUUUCAUAGAUUUCAAGACCAAGAUCAUGUAGUGGUUGAAAUUGGUUCGCAUUCACAAUCACGAGCAAUUAUUAUUGCCCCUGAUAAUCCUCAUCCACAACCAGUCACUGAUAUUGUUUGGCCUUCUCGAGGAAACAAUCAUAGUGCUUCUCAUGUGGAUUCUCCCCAAGAGGCUAAUGUCCCUCCAGGAAAUAGAGACAAUAAUAGUACCAUGGCAAAGUUCAUGCUUUCUAUAGAGGCGCUUCAGAAGGAGAACAAGAGUGUUAUUAGCACAAUUACCAAGCAUGUUGGUGAAUAUCUUAAAGCUAAUGUUCUUGAUGAGGACCAGACUUCAGUGCCGAAAUUGCAUCCUGACGACAACUUGUUGAUUGAUGUGUUGCCGCGGGGGAUUGUCAAAGAACUUCAUCAAAGCGUAAAGCAGAUGGCGUUAGAUGGGUUUAAGAAGGAAUGCUUACAAGUGUACACUAGUUGCCGAAGGGAGUUUCUGAAAGAGUGUCUAUCCACAUUUGGAUUGCAAUUUCUAGAUCUCAACACGGAGGACGUUGAUGACAAGAUGGAGAAGCUUGAGAGUUGGAUAAAAGCUUUAAACAUAGCUGCGAGGAUACUCUUUCCGAAUGAAAGGAAACUCUGCCAUCUUGUCUUUGAAGCCUAUAUUUCCUCUUGGGAGUUUGUUUUCAGAGAGAUAUGCACAGAGUUGGCGAUUAGUCUACUGAGCACCGCCCUAGCUUUAACAACUUGGAGCCAUUUAAUCCGCAACUCAUUGCAGGAACUGAUACAAGAGUUGGAAUCAUGUACAACACUCAGAAAUAAUGCAGUGGUCCUGAUUAGACAGAGAUUGUGCAUCUAUGAGGCGUUGGAAAAUGUAUCACCUGUACCGGGUGGCGGUAUUCAUCCGAUUACCCUUGAAGUGAUGUACUACAUUUAUUCUGUUUACAAGAAUAGGGAUAUUCGUAAACUUUGUCAAUGUUUAGAAGAAGGAAAGAUUUCAAAGCCUGUGUACGUGGCCAGGAUAACAGAGCUGUUUGGGAGAAAAAGAAGUUGGGAAGCCAAGUCCAAAAGUUACGAUAACUUUGAAGUAAGUUACUACAUGUAUUGUGUUUACAUAAAUAAGGAUAAUAAACUUAGCCAAGGUUUAGAAGAGGGAAAGCUUUCUUCACCUAUUUACAUGACCAAGAUGACAGAGCUUUUGGAGAACAGUUUGGAAGCCAACUCAAAAAAUUACAAUAACCCUACAUUGGGUUAUAUUUUCAUCAUGAACAAUAGGAGGUUCAUAGAACUAGAGGCAAAACUAUGUGGUUUGGAUCCUAUUUUUGACAAUGAUUGGCUCCAAAAGAACACAACAGAAUUCCAAAAAAACCUUGAACUCUAUAAGAGAAGCUCAUGGAAUAAGAUUUUGGACUUUUUGAAGCUGGACAUCAAUGAGUCAAAGCCUAAUGUUGCAGCUGAGUUGAUGAAACAAAAACUCCAUUGGUUCAAUGAACACUUUGAUGAGACUUGCAACGUGCAGUCUGCAUGGUCUGUCUGUGAUGAGGAGUUAAGGGAACAAAUAAUAAAAUCCAUAGAGAACAUCUUGUUGCCAGUAUAUGGAAACUUUCUUGGGAAGUUUCAGGAACUUCUUGGGAAGCACGCUUAUGAGUACAUUAAGUAUGGAGUGUUUGACGUUCAAGAUCGAGUCAACAAUUUGUUUCUUGUAAGGCAGUAGAUGAAUCUGAUGCUGGAAAAGAAGGAAAGUUUAUGUGAGUUUGUGUAUAUCUGGAAAGCAAAAAAUUAUUAUCAAAAACUUAGUUCCACAGGAUUUGUGCCCUUGUGCUGUAUACCACUGUAUUUUUUAACACAAAAUCACACGUGUUUCCUUUUUA